AUGCAGGAUGAACCGCGCAUCUACGUCGAGUCGGAAGACCAACCCGAGCGCAUGUUGCUUGAGACCAGGAUAGUGAAGGAUGACGGUUACCAAAAACAACAAGACACUUUGAUUGUGUGGACCGAGGGUAGCGGGACCGACAUGGCGCUCAGCUUCCAAGAAGCCGAAGGCUGCGCGGUGAUAUGGUACUUCGUACAGCAAGUCCAGCAACAGUUGCUCUCUCUACCAGACGACGGACUCUCAGACGAUGCGCUUGACAACAUAUCCACUUCUUUCACCCUCAAUCCGCCCGAAUUGAGCAACCUUGACGAAAUCGAAGCCAACAUAAGGCAGGCGAGCCUUACGCAAGGCGGUCGUGAAGCGAUGGCGAAGUUUCUGAUAAGAGAAGAAUAUCUGCUCAAGUUAAUACCACUGGUGGAAAUGGCAGAAGACCUCGAGAGUUUACCAGACUUGCACCGGCUCUGCAAUAUCAUGAAAGCUCUGAUCCUGAUGAACGACAACACGAUUAUCGAGCACCUCGUCACCGAUGAGAUUAUCAUUGGUGUGGUGGGAGCACUCGAGUACGACCCCGAUUUCCCAACUCACAAGGCUAAUCACCGGCAAUACCUCUCGGACGAGUCAAGAUACAAGGAGGUCGUGGAGAUCAAAGACCAAAACAUCAAGCGGAAGAUCAGACAGACAUGGCGAUUGCAAUAUCUCAAGGAUGUCGUGCUGGCGCGAAUCCUGGAUGACCCUACAUUUGGCGUCCUAAACUCCCUCAUCUUCUUUAAUCAAGUCGACAUUGUACAACAUCUACAAAACAACACGCCCUUCCUGAAGGAACUCUUCGCGAUCUUUGGUGCGGACAACAAGGACACCAAGCGGAAAGAACAGGCCGUACAUUUUCUGCAGCAGUGUGCUGCUAUCGCCAAAACCCUGCAGAUGCAGGCUCGGGCGAAUCUGUUAAACAAUUUCAUCGCCCACGGCCUUUUUGCUGUCAUCGCCUUUGCGGUGAAGCAUCCUUCGGCGUCGAUGCGAACAACGGGAAUUGAUAUUCUUGUGGCCCUACUUGAUCAUGAUCCCAACAUGAUGAGGGGCUACAUGCUCAAUGCCGUUCACGAGAAGAAGAUCCCGUUGACAGAUACUCUUAUCGACUUGCUGCAUGCCGAGACAGACCUUGGUGUUAAGAACCAGUUGGCGGACGCGAUCAAGAUCUUACUGGAUCCUCUGCCUCCUUCCAGCGACCCAAUGGGCAAUAGGCAGAACUCCGAAUUCAUGACCAAGCUCUCGAGGCCACCACACAUGACUCAAGCUCAGCAACAGAACGAGCAAUUUGCACAGGAUAAUUUUGAUCGAUCGUGCCGCAAACUCUUCGCCCCUUUGAAAGAGCUUGAAUCUCGAGACUCGAUGCAGAACUUUUCCUACCAGGAGGUAUCAUUGUUCUCAUAUCUGGUGGAAAUACUGACCUUUUUCAUCCGACAACAUUCGAUAAGAAGUCGUCCCUUUAUAUUAUCCGAAAACCUGGCUCCGCGGGUGGCUCAACUGCUCCUGGUAUCGCAAAAACCACUGAAACUUACGGCUCUGAAAUUCUUCCGUACGGCAAUCACGCUGCAAGACCAGUUCUACGCUGCCCAGGUCAUCAAAAGCGGGGCCUUUGAUGCAAUUUUGGGCAUUGUCAUCGACACUAUGCCCAGGGAUAAUCUCCUAAACUCGGCAUGCCUGGAAUUGUUCGAGUUCAUCCGCAAGGAAACAAUCAAGCCAAUAAUCAUCCAUCUUGGAGAGACGUAUCGGCAGAAACUCCAGGAGAUUACCUACGUCGACACCUUUGAGAGUCUUUUGAUGAGAUACGAGCAACUGACAAGCGAGCACCCCGCGCCAGAACACACCCUUUUCAGCCAGGAUGAUGCAACCCCGCCAAUGACUCGGUCCAACGUGAGUGGACGAUGGCAAGGGCUCCCAGAAAUGGACGCAAACGAAGAGGAUUAUUUCAACACGUCAGAUGACGAUGAGGACGACCAAGACGAAGGGCCCGAGCGCGAGUCUAGGAAGGAUGUUUCUGAGCGCAUGCAGUGGCAUCGCAGGAGAAUCAAGGCUGAAAUUAUGAACGGCGGAGCUUCUCCGCUGAGCAAACCUUUGGUGGACUACCCUGAUGACGACGAAGACGAAGUUAUGGACAUCAAGGCCGCGUCAACACCGCAGACCCCACUGACCCCAGAUAGUGGCAGGGAAACUUCGCCUCCUGAGGCCAGAACUGUCGCAGAAAGGAAGCUACAGCCGUCACCCGACAUCAAGUCGGCUGUACAGUCGGACCUGCAGCAGCCUCCAGAACGAGUGACGGAAAAGAGGCGAAGGCAAGAAGAUGACGAUGAUGACGAACUAGGUAAAUUGUCCAGCGGACCAAAGCGAAGAAAUUCGGUUAGCAGCACAUCAAGCCUAGCCUCUCAAGCAUCUUUGCGGCGGAAGAAGGGGUUUUUACGAUCGAAGCAAGCGGGCGAACAUACCUUAGUGUCGAGCCACGUUGAUACAGAAAACCACGUUGAAGGCCGGAAACCGCGCAAGAUCGCAAUCAGCCUAUCGAACAUCACAAACAAAGAUGACAAUCCGCCGACCGACCAGAAGGUGCUAAACAAGCAUGCUGUCGCCACCGAAGAGGAGGGUUAG